CGUCCCAAAAUCAAGACCGCCCAUUAUCUCAUCAGAGUGGCGGCCAUUGCGUGUUUGUACCGGGAGCUUGCGUAGAAACCUUCACAUUUUUACCUCCUGACGCGCUAAUAAAGUGAGAGUGAGUCCAUCAUGAGUCGCUCCGCCGAUGGGUACUACCGGUCCGGGCCGAGGCGGCGGGCUGGUGAUGGCGGCUAUGGCGGUGGCGGCUUUGACGACUAUUCUGACUCCUAUGGCUCCAGGCGGUCUUCCCGCGAUGGCUACUCCCACGACCGCCACAGGAGCAGCGGUGGGGGCGGAGGGCGGGGCGGGCGCUCACACCGGGGGCGGGGCAUGGUCAACCCGUGGGAGGGCGGGGUGGUGCCUGGGUCUGGGGGUGGGCGGGGUGGUGGGGGAAUGUCGAUGGGGGGCGGGGGUGCUCCGGACAUUGUUGCGUCCAUCAACGAGCUCAGCCGCAUGGACAACCCAGAGUCGGAGCUGGCGCUGAAUAUUCUUAAUGCUGUACUGGGCCCGAAGGAGGAGUCAGGCUGGGGAGAAGGAGGAGGAAGAGACUGGGGAGGAGGAGGAUCACAGAAGAGGAGGAUGGACUGGGACAGCCAAUACGCCUAUGCAGAGCCCCUGGGUGACGGCAUACUCCCCACGCCAGCCAUGCCCCCUCGGAAGAUGCCCCGCCGCGAGCAGUACUCCUGGGGUGUGGUCGAUGGGUUCAAUGCCAUGCCAGUGCUGAAGGGACGGAAGGCUCGCGAUGCCCUCAAGAAGAAAGUCACCGCAGCAAAACCGAAGCCAAAAGUGGCGACUACGAGAACUCUGACAACUCUGACGGAUGUGGCAGCAACUGAUAAGGCGGAGAAGGCGGAAGAGAAGAAGAAGGAAGGCGGUGAUAAAGAGGGGGAAGAGGAGAAGAAGAAGACUGGAGCUGGUGCGAAGGAAGAAGAAGGAGGGGAGGAGAAGGAGAAUGCAGAGAAGAAGGAAGGAGAGGAGAAGGGAGGAGAGGAUGCGGAUGGGAAAUCAAAGAAAACUCUUGUGAAGAAGAAGGAGGAGGCCCCAAUCCCCGUGUCGUACCUACGCUGUCACCUCUGCCAGAUGAACAAGUUUAACAGUUCAUCGAACUUCAUGGACCACAUCAGGAGCAAGAAGCACCGGCGCAUGAUUGGGUACUAUGGUGAGAAGAUUGCCGCCACUGAGAAGCUGCUCAAGGCUCAGUCCUGGCUCAAGUCCCAGCGCAACAUUGUGUCCAUGUCCAAGCUGAAGGGGAAGAUCACGAGGUGCAUCUGCUGUGAGUGUCCCAUCAAGGGUGGACGCUGGACACACAUUCACAUCAGGGAGCACAUGCUGCUGUACCACUUCACCAAAUGCUUCACAUGCAAGCUGAAGUUCAUGAACCGCAGCGACCUGGAGCAACACAAGCUGACCACCACACACAUGAAGGCCCAGUUCGCGCAGGACAAGAUCGCCAUGGACAGGUUCCUGCGCUGGACCGAGAAGAGCAAGAAGGAGACUCACAUUCCUGAGCAAAAGCAGUCGGAGGAGUUCCACGAGAUGGUGAAGGUCAUGCAGAUGAACAACCUGGACACCUUCGUCUGGAACAAGGACACCAUCCCCAUCUACGACCCAGCCAGGCCCGCAGGCCUGAACCAUCUGGUGAAGAAGUCGCAUUUCGUGUGCUCAGUGUGUCCGCAGCGGGUGAGCCAGACAGCUGCCGAGGCCCUGGAGCACUGCAGGACCAAGGAACACUACGACUGCCUGGCCCAGCAUCUUAAGACCCAGGAGAAGGAGGCAGUAGAGGCAGAGAAGAAGAAGAAGGAGGAGCUGAAGAAGAAGGAAGAGCAGAAGAAGAAGAUGGAGGAGAAGAAGAAACUGGAGGAGAAGAAGGAAGAAGGGAAGGAGGAGGAGAAGAAAAAGGAAGAAGCUAAAACAGAAAUAAAACAAGAGAAGAAGGAGGAAGAGGAGGAGGAGAAGGAAGAAGAAGAAGGGAAGGAAGAGGAAGAAGAGGCAAAUAAAGAAGAACAAGAAGAGGAGAUUGGUGAAGGAGGAGGAGGAGGAGGAGGAGAAGGAGAGGAGGAAGAACAAGAGGAGGAGGAAGAGGAAGCAGAGGUGGUAGAAGAAGAGGAGGAGGAAGAAAAUGGUAUGAAGGAUAUGGAAAACAUGGAGGUAAUUGAUGAAGAGGGUCAAGGAGAGGAACAGGAGGAAGAGGAAGAGGAGGAGGGAGGAGGAGGAGAGGAAAUGGUGGAUCUGGAGGAGGUAGGAGAAGACAUGGAGGAGAUUGGAGAAGACUUACUGGAGGAGGAAGAGGAGGGAGGAGAAGAUUAUGAAGAGAAGGAGGAAGAAGAGGAAAAGGAAGAGAAGGAGGAGGCAGACAACGCUGGCAAGACCUCGACAUCAGCACCACCAGCGGACGAAAGCUCAGCACCAGCACCCAAGGCAGCACCCAAACCAGCACCAGGGAAGGCACAGGCAGCCCCCAGAGCUCAGACCAGGAGUACCAGAACCAGGGGGGCACGGGGGGCUAGGAGGGGGGUGUGAGGGGCAGGAAGAGAACUGGGAAGGAGAGGAGGUUGAUGUGUGAGUGUGUGUGUGCGUUGGAAGAGAGAGAAGAGGAGGGAGGAAGGGGAGAGAGAGAGAGAGAGAGAGAGAGGGAGAGUGUGUGUGUGUGUGUCUGUAGGAGUAUAUGGGAAGGAAGGAAGGAAAGAAAGAAAGGGAGAGAAGGAAGGAAUGGGACAGAAAAGGUUAGAUAACAAUGUCUGUGUAUGUGUUAGAGAGAGAGAGAGAGAGAGAGAGAGAGAGAGAGAGAGAGAGAGAGAGAGAGAGAGAGAGAGAGAGAGAAUGGAAGAAAGGAAAGGAAGAAUAGAUAGCAUGUGAAUGAACAGGAGAGAAGGAAGAAGGAGAGAGAGAUAAAAGUAUGUAAGUUCUUUUUUUUCCUCCCUUUCCUCUCCCUCACACACACACACACACCUCCCUCUCAUGGUCAUUGUUUAAUAGUAGAAAUGGUGGUGGUGGUGGUGGUGGUGGUAGUAGUAGUAGUUGUAGUCGUAGGAGGUCUUUAAUAUAAUCAUUCCAUACAGUAGAUAUAUUUAUUUAGACUUCUAUUUACAAUUUAAUAGGUGCCUUAGAGAGAGAGGGGGGGGGCAGUGGAAGUUCUCUCUCUCUCUCUCUCUCUCUCUCUCUCUCUCUCUCUCUUCUUCAUCCAUUCUCUUGAUAUCCAUUCCCUUCUUCUUCUCUGUAAUAUAUAAUGUUUAAAUUAGUCUGUGUGUGUGUGUGUGUGUGUGUGUGUGUGUGUGUGUGUGUGUGUGUGUGUGUGUGUGUGUACACUGUCAUUA